CCAUUCUCCUGUCCCCAGGUUGGUUUGAGUAAGCUAAAUUGUAUGAAGAGAAGAAGAACAUGUAGCUUAACUGUCCUUCACCAUCUAUUCUUUCACACAUUUUCAUGGAGGAGCAGCACAUAAAAACCUGAGGUCCUCUGGUGAGGCUGCUGUGGAGUCAUCAUGGUGGGCUAUGACCCAGGGUCUCAGGGCGCUACUCUAGCCCCAGAAGAUGCAGCCCUGGCUGGGUCGGCCGCAGGCAUGGUGACCCGAGCCCUGAUCAGCCCCCUGGAUGUCAUCAAGAUAAGAUUCCAGUUGCAGAUAGAGCGUGUGUCGUCCCAGCACCCCGAAGGAAAGUACUGGGGCCUGUUCCAGGCAUCACGCUGUAUCCUGGCAGAGGAGGGGCUGCCUGCCUUCUGGAAAGGACAUGUCCCUGCCCAGCUCCUCUCUGUCUGCUUCGGGGCAGUACAGUUUGCCAGCUUUGAGUUCCUGACUGAGAUGACCCACAAGAGCACCACAUAUGACAGCCAGACAGCAGGGGUGCACUUUGUGUGUGGUGGUCUGGCCGCCUGCUCUGCCACUGUAGCCUGCCAGCCACUAGACACACUGCGAACACGCUUUGCAGCUCAGGGAGAGCCCAAGGUGUAUCGGAGCCUGAGACAUGCUGUGUCCACCAUGUACCGCACUGAGGGGGCCCUGGGGUUCUACCGUGGCCUGGCUCCCACACUGGUGGCAGUGUUCCCUUACGCAGGCCUGCAGUUCUUCUUCUAUAAGGUCCUCAAGAACCUCAUGGGACCACCGCCCAAGGACAGCAACGUCGGAGGAAACCUCAGAAGUUUGGUAUGUGGAAGCUGUGCUGGAGUCAUCAGCAAGACAAUGACAUACCCCUUUGACCUCAUCAAAAAGAGACUGCAGGUGGGAGGGUUUGAAGAAGCCAGAGCCCACUUUGGACAGGUGCGGAAGUACGGUGGCUUUGUAGACUGUGUGUCCCAGAUCGCCAGAGAGGAGGGUCUCCGGGGCUUUCUCAAAGGCCUAUCUCCCAGCCUAGUGAAAGCAGCUGUCUCCACGGGCUUCACCUUCUUCUGGUAUGAGUUCUUCCUUAAUGCCAUACAGAAUUUGAAGGGCAGCCAGUGAGUAGAGGAGCUCUGGGUAGAAGUUGCUUUUAGGGACAGAUCUAGGAUCAGCUCAACCGCCCCAAAUUCUAACCUUCCCAAACUCGGUCCUCGGGACCCCAAAGGGUACACGUUUUGCUUUUUGCCUUAGCACUACACAGCUGAUUCAAAUGAUCAAAGCUUGAUUCAAAUGUGCACCCGGGGGGGCAGGACCGAGUUUAGGAAACCCUGGUCUAGGGGCAACUGAAGAAGCAGAGGAACUCAAAGCACUGGAAAAUAAAGGAGGGUAUGGCAGAAUCACACACAUCUACAUCGUACAUGCCAUAUCCCCAUCCCACUGGUGAUAGGAGUCAACAUUGCUGGGAAGAAAAAAGUAUCUCCUUACUGCUGUUUACCUAUGGUGUAUCCUACAAUUUGGGAAAGUCAAGGUGUGGUGUUGCUCUGGACCUUACACAUAAUAAGGAAUGAUGUCACCUCACCUUGCCAUGUGUUUGGUGUCAGUGUUCAAACACCUUGCACAGGUAUAUGUAAGUAUGUCUAUCAUGUAACUCUUUGCUGUUGUUUUUAUACUAUACUCAUGGUUUGUGUUGCACAGUCUAUAUUGAGGACUGGAUGCCUGUUACUUUUAAAGACCUUUGUCAUCCACCAAAAAUUACCAUAUUUGUAACAACAAUGUAUUCUGUUUUUAAACUACCUGCAGAAUUGCUAUUACCAUUGUCUUAGAUCAUGUACGGAGAAUAUACCUCUGCAAGUGUUCUUCUGUGUUUUGACAGCUGCGGAAUGAGAGGAAAAGCACUUAAAAUUCUCCUUCCAAUGUUUUGUGUGUUAAAUUGAUAAGCCCAGAUGGUUGCACGUGAAACAGAAAGAUACCAUGAAGCGAAGGGAAAGAGAUGCUUGAUCUAGGCUUAAAGAAACGGAGUCAGAGCCAGGCCAAAGUUGAUCCUAUCAUGGAAUGCGUUUUAAUAUGGACGAUUCGAUCAAUUUCAGCUAAAAGUUGUGGUGUUAACUAAUAUGUUAGCAUAGACUCAAAAUUAUCAUGCAUUCUAAAUGAGGGGCAAGGUUUUGUUUCUUUCUGUGUGGAAUGUGUUGCAAUAUUUAUAUAUGGUUGGUAAUGCUUAGUAAUAACAAAAGUAAAUUACCAUCGAUGCUGUUUUCUGUUUGCUUUCUUUGAUGUACUGUACUUUCAUUUCAUGUAACCUGUUGUAACAGCUUUUAUGUGUGUCAGCAUUGGAAUUCUGAGCAAAAUUCUUAAACUGGCUACUGUUGACUUGCUCAGUGCUAAAAUAUUACAUUUUAGUCAUUUAGCAGACGCUCUUAUCCAGAGCGACUUACAGUUAGUGCAUACAUUAUU